CUAUAACCAUAAUUGGAUAACCUAAAAUUUUUAUUUUAAAUUGACGAAAUAAUACAGUUUUCAAUACUAAAAGAAGUUAAGUUUAAACUGUAGCUUAUAUAGCAUGAACUAUUCGUUGUGAAAUUCAAACAUGGAGGAAGAAAGUAAUUGGAGAAACAGCAUACAUUUACAAUUACAAAAUAGAAAUAAGUACCAGACAGAGCGCUUUCAGGAUCUAAUUGCCUUUCAGAACAAACUUUUUGAUCAUGCCAAUUCUUUACGAAUUGAAAAUGUUCAAUUAUCAGUACAAUUAGAGAAAUUCAAAGAAGGUUUUGUAAGUACAUCUACACCUUCAGUAAACGAGUCACGACUGCAUGAAAGGAUUCAACAAUUAGAGCAUAAGCUUAUGACCCAACAAGAGGAAUUAACAGAUUUGCACAAAAGAAAAGGAGAGAAUGCACAACAAAUAAUUGAUCUUAAUAGUAAACUUCAAGAAAGAGAAAAAAUGCUUGCAUCGAAAGAAGUUAGUUUGGCAGAAAGUUUAGCACAAAACCAAAGUUUGCGUACUGAAAUUAGAAGGUACCAAAAUAGCAUAAAGGAAUUAGAAAAUCUCAACCAAAUCAUUAGAGAUGAACACCAGGCACUUCAGAUUGCCUUUGCAUCCUUAGAAGAUAAACUGAGAAAAGCACAGGAAGAAAAUAGACAGUUGGUGGAGCGAUUGAUUAAUUACAAGGCCAAAGAUGCGGAUCGUAUGAAUGAAGAGAACGACAACUUUCUGAAUGAGUCAUCAAAACGCUCAUCCCUUUUUUUGGGUUCUUUUACUCUUUUCAGGAAAAGAAACGCUAAAGUUCAAAAAGAACUAGAAGAUGCUACAAAAGACGCACGAGCUGUUAGCCCUGACGAUAUGAUUUGUGUGGGUGCCCCUUGUCAAUCCGUCGUGCCAACUAAGUGCAUUAUUAAAUUUGAAGCCCAUGAUGGUGAAGUUAAUGCAGUUAGAUGGAGCCACUUAGAACGUUUGGUAGCUACAGGUGGUGCUGAUCGAAGGGUAAAAUUAUGGGACGUUUCGAAAGGUUCGUAUGAGUUACGCGGAGUGUUAGUCGGUAGUAACGCGGGUGUUAUGUCAGUGGAAUUCGAUAAUUCGGGGACGUUGUUACUUGGUGCUUCGAAUGACUUUGCUAGCAGGGUUUGGACCAUCAGCGAUUUUCGAUUAAGGAAACCAUUCGUCGGUACCGUACCAGUGACUAAGAAGCUAUGCAUCGGUACCGUACCGUUGACAAAGAAGUGUUUCACUGUUUUUUAUUUAUCUAUAAGUUCCUUACCGGUGACCAAGAAACUGUUCAUCGGCACCAUGCCUUUGAUUAAGAAACCAUUCAUCGGUACCGUACCAGUGACUAAGAAGCUAUGCAUCGGUACCGUGCCGUUGACAAAGAAGUUAUUCACUGUUAGUGUAUUUUAUUUAUCUAUCAAUUCCGUACCGGUGACCAAGAAACUAUUCAUCGGCACCAUACCGGUGAUUAAGAAACCAUUCAUCGGUACCGUAGCAGUGACUAAUAAUUUAUGUACCGGUACCGUACCAGUGACUAGGAAUAUAUGCAUCGGUACCGUACCGGUGACCAAGGAACUAUUUAUCGGUACCAUACCGGUUAUUAAGAAACCAUUCGUCGGUACCGUACCAGUGACUAAGAAGCUAUGCAUCGGUACCGUACCGGUGACCAAGGAACUAUUCAUCGGUACCAUACCGGUUAUUAAGAAACCAUUCGUCGGUACCGUACCAGUAACUUAG